AUGGGGCGGCUCGGGAACGAUGUGAAGGUGAGGCCAGCGUUAGGUCACAGGCGACGGCGGUCGGCGCUAAGGUUUGAAAUUGCGGCAUCGGCAGGCACAGUGGUGGUGGCAGCCGGAGCUAGGGCAGAAGCAGUCUCGGUUGACAGCGUCGGCUCGACGCUUGGGCUGGGAUACAGAUCAAAGUGGCGGCGUCUUUUGAUGCGAUUUGGGGAUCUCCACUACGACGAGGGGCAACGGACAGGUGCACUGUUCACCAGCACGGGGAGGAUUUUUGGGGUGCGCUGGUUUAACCGCCGCCAGCCCCCUGACGCGGGGCUCCUUGGCUGCUUCGACACCGGUCGCCGGUCGCACCUCUUCUCUCCCUCCUUCCCUCCGACCUGCACCUCAUCGCUGCCAACAGGAAGAGAGGGGCUUCGGGCUUGUUUCUGCCGCCAGCCAAGGGAGGGUUUUCUCCCUCUCACCUCCAACGGCCAGCGCCACCUCCAGCGGCCGUCUCCGCCGUCCCCAGCGGCCAGCGCUAUCUCCUGCGGCCAGCAACACCUCCUGCGGCCAUCUCCGCCGUCCCCAGCGGCCAGCACUGUCUCUAGCGGCCAGCGCCACCUCCGGCGGCCAUCUUCGCCACCUCCGGCGGCCAUCUCCGCCGUCCCCAGCGGCCAGCGCCACCUCUGGCUGUCAUCUCCGCCGUCCCCAGCGGCCAGCGUUGCCUCCAGCGUCCAGCGCCACCUCCGGCGGCCAUCUCAGCCGUCCCCAGCGGGCAGCACUGCCCCCAGCGAGCGCCACCCCCCGAUGACCACCACCGUCACCCUCUGGGCAGCCGUCGUCCGCAUGCUCAGUCUUCACGGCCGCGACGACCUGAUCAGCGCCACAACCAGCUCAUCCAUCCAUCCGAGGGCGCCCCUCGGGGCCAAGUUUCACCGCCGCCAGCCCCCUGACGCGGUGCUCCUUGGCUGCUUCGACGCCGGCCGCCGACCGCCGACCGCGCCUCUUCUCUCCCUCCUUCCCUCUGGCCUGCACCUCAUCACUGCCAACAGGAAGAGAGGGGCUUCGGGCUUGUUUCUGCCGCCAGCCAAGGGAGGGUUUUCUCCCACUCACCUCCAGCGCCCAGCGCCACCUUCGGCGGCCGUCUCCGGUGUCCCCAGUGGUCAACGCUAUCUCCAGUGGCCAGUGCCACCUCCGGCGGCCAUCUCCGCCGUCCCCAGCGGCCAGCACUGCCUCCAGCGAUCAGCGCCACCUCCGGCGGCCGUCUCCGCCGUCCCCGGCGGCUUUCUCCGCCGUCCCCAGCGGCCAGUGUUGCCUCAAGUAGUCAGCGCCAUCUCCGGCGGCCAUCUCCACCAUCCCCAGCGGCCAGCGCUGCCUCCAGCGGCCAGCGCCACCUCCGGCGACCAUCUCCGUCGUCCCCAGCGACCAGCAUUGCCUCCAGCGGCCAGCGCCACCUCCGGCUACCAUCUCAGCCGUCCCUAG